AAAAAGGAUCCCACUGUACCUCCAGCUACUAAACCGGACUCUCCCAGCUGUAUUGCCACUCCAAAGCCCCCCAGCUUGACAGGAGCAGAGUUCUCCUUUGAGGCCAACAGCACACAAUGAGGCUGCAGAGUGAAAGAAGAGUACAGUUGGUGAACUUACAACUCAAAUAUAUGAGGGCGAUACCGGUAAUGGUGCACAGUAUUGCUCUUUCUGUGCCACAGUGCAAGAUAUUUUUCCUUUGUUACUGUUGCCUCAGUUUUGCGAUGAGAAGUAACACUCCAACCACAGCUUAACGAUUCUUACGUCACGACGUAAGCGAGACAACAAGUAACCUUUGAUGUAAUUUCCAUCAAACGGUAUAAGAUAAAUAAAAAUGACUUGCAUUCUCGGCAUUGCUGUAAAGUUUAUAUUUUUUGAAGCAAAGGGUGGAAUGGAAGAAAACCAAAAUCAUGAUCCAGACGGACUAAAGAUGGAGAUGCUUUGGGGAUAUCGACAACUAUUUGGGUAAUUCCUGUCUGUUCCCAUUUCAUUAUGUAUUUGAUGCAUUAUGUCCGAAAAAUUGUUCCCACACCAAGCCUAAUUAAACACUUGCUAUGCUUGCAGGUUCUUUUUUUUCUUUGCAAGACUGGUGUUGGUGGCAUCACAGAACCAGCUCAACAUGUAAAGGUAACACACACAUACUCCAGACCAGAUCAAUGUUACUGAUCUGUGAGCAAUAUUACCAACGAAAUUGACAUGACAAUCUGAGCACAGGAACAGGGCGAACAGUGCGGUGGGGUCGCUUCCUGUCUCAUUUUUCUGACUUCCCGUAACGGAGGGUGUGGGGGGCGGGAGGGGAUGUGGACAGAGGCAGCGCAAGAUCAGAGCAACGCAGUGAGAGGAGGGGCGAGACAAAAACAAGAGGACGAUUGGCUCACUAAACAGUAACAUCCACGAGCGGCAGGAGAGAGAGAGCGAGAGAGAGAGAGAGCGAGAGAGAGGAUCCACUCAUAAAGCGAGAGGGGAUGGUGAUGAGCAGACACCGGCAGAAAGGAUGCGUACAGGAUUCACGACUCAUUUAGAGAGGUAACAGUGGAGGUGAACAUCGCAUUGAGAAUUGUUAAAGACGGGGACUCACGGCGUUGUGUCAGAGAAGAAAGUUCUUUACUCGAAUCACGGUUUGAUGGAGAAAAAAAUCCACACCUCUGGAUUACCGCGCACCGACACUUAAACCGGAGGCUGUGCUGGACUCUCCGAGCGAGGCGUAUUGAUGCCAAAAGAACAACCCUGACGUUGUCACGGCUCAGCCACCAUGACCCCUUACUUCCCUUUCACUCUAUCGGCAUUCGCCUCGACCAACUCCUCCAACUCCUCUAUUCCCAACUUGAGUUCCCUCCCAGGUGACCAGGCGUCCUCCCAGACAAAGUGUGACGACGACGACGACGUCGCCCUCCGUCUGCCGCUGGCGGUCCUCUACUCGCUGAUCUUCCUCUUUGGCCUUGUGGGGAACCUCUUCGCUCUGUGGGUCUUCCUUUUCUUACACUCCAGCCGCAACUCUGUGCGGGUGUUCCUCAUCAACUGUGCAGUGGCCGAUCUGGUCCUCCUGGCGUGUCUGCCCUUCAGAAUUGUCUACCACAUAAACAGCAACAAGUGGGUCCUGGGACCUGUGCCCUGCAAGAUGGUGGGGAACCUGUUCUACAUGAACAUGUAUAUCAGCAUUAUGUUGCUGGGCCUCAUCAGCUUGGACCGAUACGUGCGGCUGAAGGGGAAAGGCCAAGCCCAGAGAGGCAGGAGGCCGACGCUGUGGGGGCGCAGAUGGCCGUGGAGCACGGUGGUGUGCGGGGCUAUGUGGGGUGUGUCGCUGACGGUGAUGGUGGCCAUGGUGUCCACGCCAGAGGACGAUGACUCCGCCAAAAAAUGCUUCCAAUACAAGCAACGGAGCGCCAAAGCCAAAGGGAAGGCGUACUUCAACGGCGCCAUUGUGCUGUUCUUCUGGCUCGUCUUCGUCAUGCUGGUAGCCUCCUACGCCAAGAUCGCGUCUCAGCUGCUGAGGGUGUCGCGGGACAGGCCGGACCUUCCCAACGCACAGAGGUACGGACGCACCGCCAAGAAGUCCUUCUUCGUCCUCUUCCUGUUCACCGUCUGUUUCGGGCCCUACCACGCCUUCCGCCCCGUCUACAUCCUCUACCAGCUCAGCGGCACGGAGUCCUGCGCCAACCAGCAAAUGGUGUACCGCGCCAACGAGGUGAUGCUGCUUUUCUCCGCCUUCAACAGCUGCCUGGACCCCGUCAUGUACUUCCUGUUGUCCGGCUCGGUGCGCAAAGCCGCCCUCCGAGCGCUCGGACACCGGAUUGGCCGCCGGCUGCCCUUCCUGAACGACGCGACGUCAAACAGCUCGAUGGAGUUUAGGCGCGGCUCCACGCUCUCGGUUUUUCCUCACCGUGGCGCCAACACCCCCUCGGGCACCCCCAGGACAAGCAUCUGCGCCGCCAACUCCACGCUCCGCUGCACCGGACUGACCACGCUUUCACCCAACUGGCCAACAGUGACCGCAAGCUUGGACCCAAAUUAUAUUGGUAAAACAUGAUUACAAAAUAAAUGUUUGUCUUACUACCGAGCUAUUCAGACCGCCUUGUGUGGGAAUAACUGGCCUAUGAUCUAGUUCAAUGCUCGCGUGACAGGUGGACAGCACAGUUAUGUUGGGGGAGGGAUGUGCUGGAGGGACAACAGCUUUUUUUAAGAAUGCAUGUUCUGUGUGUUUCCCAUCUGAAACCGCAGUAGAAUGUGUGCAGUUGUAUUAAUGGAUCAGGUGGUUGGAUGAAAAAUGUAAAAAAAAACACACAUAUGGCCUCAUUCAAAUAAAUGUAAAGAAGUA